CGCUCGCUCGCCAUGGCCCGCGGGAAGGCCAAGGACGGCGACGGCAACUGGAAGAAGUUCAUCUGGAACUCGGAGAAGAAGGAGCUGCUGGGCCGCACCGGGGGCAGCUGGUUUAAGAUCCUCCUCUUCUAUGUCAUCUUCUACGGUUGCCUGGCAGGUAUUUUCAUUGGGACCAUCCAAGUGAUGUUGCUCACCGUCAGUGAAUUUGAACCCAAAUACCAGGAUCGAGUGGCACCUCCAGGACUGACCCAAGUCCCCCAGGUACAAAAGACAGAAAUUUCUUUCACUGCCUCCGACUCUAAAAGUUACGAGCCGUACGUGAAGAAUCUUGAGAAGUUCUUGAAGGACUACAGCGCUGAUCAGCAAACUGAAAACAUCGUAUUUCAGGACUGCGGGGACAUGCCUACGGAUUACAAAGACAGAGGACCAUACAGCGAUACCCAAGGCCAGAAGAAGGUCUGCAAAUUCAAACGUGAAUGGCUGGAAAACUGUUCUGGAAUACAGGAUCCCACCUUUGGCUACAAGGAUGGCAAACCAUGCAUCCUCGUCAAGCUCAACAGAAUUAUUGGCUUCAAACCUAAGGCUCCAGCAAAUGAAAGCCUUCCUGCAGAGGUCAUGGCAAAAUACAACCCGUAUCUCAUCCCCGUGCACUGUGCUCCCAAGAGAGACGAAGAUGCAGACAAAAUAGGCACAGUGGAGUACUACGGGAUGGGAGGCUACUCCGGCUUUGCCCUGCAGUACUACCCCUACUACGGCAAGCUCCUGCAGCCGCGGUACCUGCAGCCGCUGGUGGCAGUGCAGUUCACCAACCUGACCUACGACGUGGAAGUGCGCGUGGAGUGCAGGGCCUACGGGCAGAACAUCCAGUACAGCGACAAAGACCGCUUCCAGGGACGCUUUGAUAUUAAAUUUGACAUAAGAAGCAGCUGAUUGUAAGCACAACUCUCUUUCCCCCCUCUCCUCCUCCUAGCCAUUUAAAAAGGUUUAAAAAAAAAAAAAAGAACAAAAAAGAAAACCUACUAGUCUUGAACAAACUGUCAUACGUAUGGG